AUGUGCUUCGCGCAAUUAGUAUCCACUUGGGGGAGGGAGGGGGUCGGUAGUGGAGUGGGGGUAAAUUUACGUGCGUGCGUGUCGUACCGACGGGUGCGUGUGCGUGCGCGGCGCAGCGUGCACUCGGGACGGCGGUCGGAGAUAAACUGCGCGGGACACAGCCUCAGCAUUCCCCCUCCCCCCGGACGGAGCCCCGCACCCCGCAACCCCCCAUAA